AUGGAUGGGCAACUGAUGAGUGCAGAAACGAGUGGAGAUUCGCGGUCAUGCACCCCUUCAUCAUCAUCACAUCAGUUAAGUUCCACAGUCUACACAACUGAACGUGGAAUUGAGGCCGCCGCCGCCGCCGUCGCCGCCGCAGUUGACGAGUCGUCGAUUCGGCCACGCGCCCGCAGUGCACAGGUACAUAAACCAAUGCUAACGUUAGCGCCAGUAAUAAAUAAGUGUAAUAGUGCUGCUAUAGUAGUAAUGCUGCCUGUCUGA